AUGCAGAUUCGGGGGUUGCUAGAGGUGGAGCCACCAAGUCCACUGAGAUACUUAAUCGGAGCCGCCGUAAUGAUGAUCGGAGUAGUGUUACCGGUGGGUUACAUGAUGUUCCGAAACAAGCGCGUCCCUUCUUCUUCCUCUUAUGCCAAACAGACGUAGGAACAAGGUUUUGAUAUAGAUACAUGAUGAUGGCUAUGAUUUAGUGGAUUCGGAUUUGUCAGUGCUGUGUUUGGAGGAAGUGAUUGAUUAGAUUUGAGGCUUUUAACAGAUCUACCAUUUGUUCAAUUGUAAAUGUAUGAACAUCUCAAAUCUCCUAAAGUUGUUGUUCACCUGAUUCUGAACUUGCAUAAAUGCGGUUGUCUUUUUUCAUUUAUACUCCUGAAAUUCAAUAUUGUUGGGUGUCCUGCUAGAAAUGUUGGUAUAGUUUAAUAAACUUGGUAAAUAAUUUCAUUGGUGGAGACACUGUUUUAGCAGUAUGUGGCAU